UACCACCUCCCCCAUUGCUAUAUAAUAAACUCUAUUCAUCAUUUCUAUUGAUUUAUAUUUCUCAACCCACUCCCAACCAUAUCACCACCCAUAACAUAAAGGCAAAAAGCUCAACUACGCCAAGAAACCAAAAAAACAGAGUUGAUCAAUCAACGAUGAAGAUUGAAGUGAGAGAAUCAACGAUGGUGCAACCAGCAACAGAGACACCACAAAUCAAACUAUGGAACUCUAAUGUAGAUUUAGUUGUCCCAAAUUUCCAUACCCCAAGUGUUUAUUUCUACAGGCCAACAGGAUCCUCAAAUUUCUUUGACGGAAAAGUGCUUAAGGAGGCGUUAAGUAAAGCUUUGGUGCCGUUUUAUCCGAUGGCUGGGAGGCUUUGUAGGGAUGAAGAUGGACGGAUAGAGAUUGAUUGUAAGGGACAAGGUGUGCUAUUAGUGGAAGCUGAGUCUGAUGGUGUGGUUGAUGAUUUUGGUGAUUUUGCACCCACGUUGGAGCUACGACGACUUAUCCCAGCCGUUGAUUAUUCUCAGGGAAUUCAUUCUUAUGCUUUACUAGUGUUGCAGAUAACUCAUUUUAAAUGUGGGGGAGUUUCCCUUGGUGUGGGCAUGCAACAUCACGCAGCAGAUGGAGCUUCUGGUCUUCACUUCAUCAACACAUGGUCCGAUAUGGCUCGUGGUCUUGACCUCACCAUCCCACCUUUCAUUGACCGGACCCUUCUCCGUGCUCGUGAUCCACCUCAGCCUCAGUUCCCCCACAUCGAGUACCAGCCACCUCCCACUCUCAAAGUAACUUCACCAAACACACCCAACUCAGAAACUGUUCCUGAAACAAACGUGUCCAUCUUCAAACUAACCCGCGACCAAAUCAAUACUCUCAAGGCUAAGUCCAAGGAAUGUGGAAAUACAGUUAAUUACAGCUCCUAUGAGAUGUUGGCAGGACAUGUGUGGCGCUCCACUUGCAUGGCACGAGGACUCACUCAGGAUCAAGAAACCAAGUUGUACAUAGCAACUGAUGGGCGUGCAAGACUCCGACCUUCUCUCCCUCCAGGCUAUUUUGGUAAUGUGAUAUUUACUGCCACUCCUGUUGCAGUCGCUGGUGAUCUCCAAUCGAAGCCUAUUUGGUAUGCUGCCAGUAAAAUUCAUGAUCAAUUGGCUAUAAUGGACAACGAUUACUUAAGAUCAGCUCUUGAUUAUUUGGAGUUGCAGCCUGACCUGAAGGCACUUGUUCGUGGUGCACAUACGUUUAAGUGCCCGAAUUUAGGAAUAACUAGUUGGUCUAGGCUGCCAAUCCAUGAUGCUGAUUUUGGCUGGGGUAGGCCAAUAUUUAUGGGACCUGGUGGUAUUGCUUAUGAAGGCUUAAGCUUUAUAUUGCCAAGUCCGACCAAUGAUGGCAGUCAAUCAGUUGCCAUCUCGCUGCAAGCAGAACACAUGAAACUUUUCGAGAAGUUCUUGUAUGAUAUUUGAAAGAAGCCAACAAUAUUGUGCUGCUUCAAUUUAUAAUGAUCGACAUGUAAAAGAGACUCCUUUUAUUUUUUUCAUUGGAGGUUGUUCUUUUUUUCUUUUUUGUUUCCCUGGACAUCAGUUUUAUUUCUGCUUCUAUGCUGCAUGGAUUAUAAAUACCUUAAAAAGUUUU